AUGGAUGGCAAUUUUGUUAUGUUUUAUGCACCUUGGUGCCGACAUUGCACAGAAUUUCAUCCAAUAUGGGCGGAAUUGGCCGAGCUUGUAAAUACAAAAGAUUCUAAAUUUGCCAUUGCCCAAGUGGAUUGUACGAUACAUUACAAACUUUGUAAUGAAAAUGACAUAACAGGAUAUCCAACACUCCACUACUACCAUAAGAACACAUUUACUCCCAUAGAGUAUAAGGGUACCAGGGAUUUACCUUCCCUAACAUUAUUUUUAAGUGGAAUCUUCACAAUGAAAUCAGAGGGUACUAAUAUAGAAAAAGAUUCAACAGAGGUUAAAAUAUACAGUGGUAUGGCAUACUUAAAUGAUCACAAUAUUGAGAAGUUUGUGUCCAAGGGACAACAUUUCAUCAUGUUUUAUGCCUCCUGGUGUAAGGCAUCACAGAAACUAGCUCCUAUUUGGGCUGAGCUAGCAGUUCAAUAUGCACAUAAUCAGUAUAUACAGAUUGGUAAGGUGAACUGUAUGGACAAUGAGAUGACGUGUAAAACUUUUGAUAUCAAGCAGUACCCUUACUUGAUGUGGAUUGUCAAUGGCAGAAUUAUGGGUGUAGCAGAUGCAAAUAACAUGGAGGGGUUGAAAACUUACAUUGAGAAAAUGUCUCUAACUGAGAAUCAUGACCCUGAGAAAUUUAUGAAGAAAAAGAAAGUCUUGCCUGUUGCUAGGAUAUCAGAAGAAACCUUCGAAACGUUUUUGGAGAAGGAAUUAGUAUUUAUCAACUAUUUUGCGCCAUGGUGUGCACACUGUAUGCAAAUGAGUCCACUUUGGUUGAAACUGGGAGAGCGAUUCCAGAAUGAAACUCGUGUACUGAUUGCUGACGUGGACUGCGUACAAUCGAAACCAGUAUGCGAAACAGAAAAGAUCAAUGGUUUACCAACUCUAAUUCUUUACAAACAAAAGAAAAUAGUGAACGUGGAACAUGGCGGGCGGCCCCUGGAGAGCCUUAUAUCAUUGGUGACUGAGCAUCUGCAGGACACAGUAGCUAAUACAUCACAUGAACAAACAGCUAAAGAAGAUAUCUUAACCAAAGAUGAACUAUAA